AUGGUCUUGGAACACGAAUUCGAAGAUAGGCUCUCGUACGUUCGCGACGUCGACGAAGGGAGGACACUCGUGGUUCGCCUCAUCCGAUCGUCUUGGUCGCACGACUCCCUAAACUUUCGAACGCGUUGUUCCUCGACAAACUGGAGAGACAUCCCAAAUCGCUGUAUACCAACCUCUGACACCUAA